AGACGUGAGCCACGCCUGGAACGGCUUGGGUCCCGGCCCGGAGGCGUGGCUGGUACGUCUGCAGACCCGGCAGGUCAGGACGGCUGGGGCUGUGUUCGCGGGAAGGGUCUUCCCCGGCGGCCUGAGCGCCAAGCAGAGGGGACGAACUUCAUCCUGGGAGGCCGAGCAGAAGCCACUGCCCGUGGGCCGCGCACGCCCAGUCGCCACCCUCUGCUCACGCGGGGCACCCGGCCGGAUCACAGAGCUUCAGGCUUCUUAAUCGUCUCCGGUAAUAUAGUCCUGCCUUAUCCGCGAGCCUACUCGUCCUCUUGAGUUUCCUUCUGCCGCUCCCGGAAGAGCGGCCCUCAGACCCAGCUCCAGCUCCAAGCAAGAAGCUAAGCCAAUCCCGGAGCGUCCCGCGGCUGCGCACGCACCGAAGCCUCACGUACGUGACUCGGGGAACGUCCGCUACUGGCGGCAGCGGUGGCUGCGAGGGAGAAAGGGGCAGUGAGGCGCUCCGUCAGUGCGUCCAGAUUCUGCGAACAUCGUGGUUCGGUUCAGAGCUGGAAAUUGGUGCUCUUGACCGGGCAGUUCAAAAGUUUCCUUUUUAGCGUCUGAGGGCUUUUCUUCCGGUCGGAUCCCCAUUCAGGCACCUACUCAGACACCCAUUCAUCUUUCAGGGGUCCUCAUAGCCCUCCCUGCCGCUAAUUGACGGAUACAGUAGCCAAGGCGACCGCCUGAUUGACAGGCGGGAUUACCAACCAACUUCCGGAAGCUCCCCUCUGGGUCCGCCCGGCGCGUGGCCGGGGGCCCGUGAAAGAAGUGAAAGCACCGAAAGGGACGGUAACCCGACAACCUAGUCCUAGGUUGUUGGCGAUUUCCCGGAGAUUGCGCGCUGGGGGCUGAGGCGUUUUUCAGACAGUCGAACGAUGCCGUGACGCAGCACAGCAGUAGCGUUGGCAGUGUGAGCGCACCCCUGUGGAGGGAGCCCUUCGGUGUUCUUUGAAAGUGCUCCCUCGGAGUCCUAGCGUGGGGGAGGGGUGGCGGCCGACCAGCGGUUCCCCGUCUGCGCUUGCGCCUGCACCUCCGCUGACCCGGCCCGCUCGCUCGCGCAAGUCCGCUGCGCGCGGAGCCGCGGUGGCCGGCAGCACUGCGCGUGCGCGUUGAAGAGCUUGUUGAGGAGCGGCGCUGGCGGACGUCGGGCGAGCGGCGCGUGACGUCGUGAGGAGCGCUUUAAAGUGCGGGCUGGGCCGGGCGUCUGAGGGUCUGGCCGGGAGUCGAGCCGAUUCUUCGCAGCGGCCCUCCGCGGCAUGAGGCGCUGCUGGCGCCCCUGCCCCCCGGGACGUGGAGGAGGUGGAGGAGGAGGAAGCUCCAUAGCCGCCACCGCUGCAUGACUCGCCGCCCCUGAGGUUCGACCCAGCGCCGGGCCCUCAACUCCCCCAGGCGGGUCCUCGUAUGGGGACCUGGCGCUGAGGACCCCCUGCCCUCCCGGGGCCCCGGGCCGCGUCCCCCGAGAGCCAUGCCCGGCCGCCCCGGCCGCCCCGAAGGACCCUAGAGCAGCGUCGCGGGGCCAUGGCGGCCGCCAGCGGUUACACGGACCUGCGUGAAAAGCUGAAGUCCAUGACGUCCCGGGACAACUACAAGGCGGGCAGCCGGGAGGCAGCGGCGGCUGCGGCCGCCGCCGUGGCCGCCGCCGCCGCCGCCGCCGCCGCCGCCGAGCCUUACCCGCUGCCCGGGGCCAAACGCAAGUACCAGGAAGACUCGGACCCCGAACGCAGCGACUACGAGGAGCAGCAGCUGCAGAAGGAGGAGGAGGCGCGCAAGGUGAAGAGCGGCAUCCGCCAGAUGCGCCUCUUCAGCCAGGACGAGUGCGCCAAGAUCGAGGCCCGCAUCGACGAGGUGGUGUCCCGCGCCGAGAAGGGCCUGUACAACGAGCACACGGUGGACCGGGCCCCGCUGCGCAACAAGUACUUCUUCGGCGAGGGCUACACGUAUGGCGCCCAGCUGCAGAAGCGCGGGCCGGGCCAGGAGCGCCUCUACCCGCCGGGCGACGUGGACGAGAUCCCCGAGUGGGUCCACCAGCUGGUGAUCCAGAAGCUGGUAGAGCACCGCGUCAUCCCCGAGGGCUUCGUCAACAGCGCCGUCAUCAACGACUACCAGCCCGGGGGCUGCAUCGUGUCCCACGUGGACCCCAUCCACAUCUUCGAGCGCCCGAUCGUGUCUGUGUCCUUCUUUAGCGACUCCGCGCUCUGCUUCGGCUGCAAGUUCCAGUUCAAGCCUAUCCGAGUGUCGGAACCUGUGCUUUCCUUGCCGGUGCGCAGGGGGAGCGUGACUGUGCUCAGUGGAUAUGCUGCUGAUGAAAUCACUCACUGCAUACGGCCUCAGGACAUCAAGGAGCGAAGAGCAGUCAUCAUCCUCAGGAAGACUAGAUUAGACGCGCCCCGGUUGGAGACCAAGUCCCUGAGCAGCUCCGUGUUACCACCCAGCUAUGCUUCAGACCGCCUGUCAGGAAACAACAGGGACCCUGCUCUGAAACCCAAGCGGUCUCACCGCAAAGCAGACCCCGACGCUGCUCACAGGCCUAGGAUCCUGGAGAUGGACAAGGAAGAGAACCGACGCUCAGUGCUGCUGCCCACACACCGGCGGAGGGGGAGCUUCAGCUCUGAGAACUACUGGCGCAAGUCCUAUGAGUCGGAGGACUGCUCAGAGGCCGCGGGCAGCCCCACCCGAAAGGUGAAGAUGCGGAGGCACUGAGGCCCACUGCAUCCUCUCGGGAACUCUGGUUAAUCCUCAAGUAGCCACCCCCUUUUUGUUUCGUUUUGAGGGGUUUUGUUUGUUUGUUUGGACCCUUUCAUUUUUCCUUGGUUUGUUGCCUGUUGAGGCUAAAGAACAGAAUUGGUUCCUGGUUUUCCUCUUGGAUGGAAAGGCUGACAGCUCACCCUGGAGUGGCUAGUAGAGGAACGCGGGGCAACCAUCAUCAAGUGGGGCUGUGCCAGGCUGGUUUAUUUAAAAGCAACAAAAUGUUUUGGUUAAGAAAAUUCUUGUUUUGCUUUAUAUGUAAAUUUUCUCAGUGUUGUGAAUGAAGUUGUCCCUGUAACCGCGCCGCCCCCCCCCCCCCCCCAUGUUUAAGCUGGGCUGAGGUCUCCUGGGCCUUGCUGUCCUGUCUGUCACCUGCUCUCCAGGCUCUGGAAAGUCACACAAACACCUUCCUCCUGCUGCAGAAUCAUUCAGGAUGACUGAGCAGGCGCUUCAAUAGUGCCAGCCUCUGCACCCCAGAGCUAUUGGCCGAGCCCAGGGCUUCCUCCAUGCCCACUGGCCUGCUUUGCCUACAGGUCCCUGGCUGCAGCAGUCCUGACCUCUUGCCAAGAGCAUACCUCUGCUGGAUUGCUCCUUUCGGGCAUAUGCGUGUGAUUGUAUGGAACAGUUAGACUGGCCAUGUUGGGACAGUUUUAGAAAUUGUUUCUAGCUAGAAGGACUGGUGUCCUUCCAAGUCUAGCAUUUGGGGUAUGGAAAAUUGUUGUGGUGUGUAGCAGGAUUUUUGUUUAGAUUUUUCCCCCCUUCGGUCUCGUUCUUUUCCUUUUCCUUUCCUUUCGUCUACAUUGGCCAGUUUGGGCCUUCUCCCCAUGUCACCCCCAUAGAAAGGUGUCUGCCCCUCUGCCUGCCUGCAGCACACAUCUAAGGCCAGAGCCCAGGUCUGCAGACUGGGUCAGUGUCUCUUCCGCCUCGGGGCAUGGGAGCUGGGGAAGGGGCUUUUAAAAAAUAGUAAUAAGAGGGGGAAAGUAGUCUUUGGCAGUUGCCACCUCCUCAGAUUCUCGAGGGCUGUGAGGUUUUGCUGGUCUAGAUUUGUUAGAAAUGUUUCCUUGCUAGGCCUGAGAGCAGAUUCCCCACGUUGCCACCACCAUGGGGAGGACCUUGUUUAUAGAAUCCUAGGUCUGGGGCUGCAGAAAUUGGGGGCAGCCACCAUUAGGAAGCCCUUCUCAGGGCCAGAACUCCUUGGCCAGCGUGGAUCCUCAAGUUGGAACUGCAUAACUAAGGCAGUUGCAUUUUUUUUUUACAGCUCCCCCUCCCCCCUCAAUGAUUUGUAGUUGUGUGUGCAGCACUUUGCCCUGAUAUGUGUGCUCUACAAUAAAAACCAAAUCUAAUAUAUUUUGAAACAGUUGUCUGAUGCUAUCAUAAAAGAGGGCUUGCCUUUGGUGCUUCCUUCAUCCCUUCAUUUUCUCUUUAAACUCUGAAUGGGGGGUUGGUGGUGAGCAGAGUUUAUUGUCCACUAGGGCUCCAGAGGAGAUGACCAAUCGCUGACACAGGCCCAGGGGCUGAAGGUGGACUGGACUUCUGCUUUUUCUCCCACUCCCAGGAGCCAGGAUCCUACCCUGCUGAGUUCUGGAAGAUCCUCUUCCUAGGGGUGAUCAGAGGAUGUGUGCUAGUGAAGGAAGGACAGCAUGAGCAAAGGCAGGGGGGAGAGCCUGGUCUUUGUAGAAGACACACAAGUGGUUUUGCUCAUUAAACAAAUAACUGAGUUCUUAUAUUCUGGGCAAUCCCACACUGUGGCCCCAAUAGUGAGCAAAACUAUCCUGGUCCUUGCCUUCAGAAUUCAUACCAGUAGAGUUGUGGUGUAUGGACACAGGCAGACAUUUUGCGAUGGAAUGGGAUUGGGGCCCAGAGGGUUUUAAUACCUCCAGAUCCCAGACCUGGCUCCCAGGUUCUGGUUAGGGGCUUUGGCCUAGAGUCGUCUUCAUUUGCUUCCAGUGCCCAGAGCCAGUCUGCGUGGCCAAAUUCUUAUUGUGGAAACCUGGAAAGCCACUUAACUGCCCAUUUAACAGAGGAAAGUCCAGAUCCAACAAUUGUCCAGCCAGGGCUCAUUCCUGCAAAUCGGUAACAGAUCCGGCCAGUUGGGCCUACAGGGGUCAGCCACUGGCUGCAGACCGGGCCCUGGAUGCCCCAGAGAGGAGACAUUGGAGCUGAGAGGGAAAGUAGUAACUUGCCAAAGAUGAGCUAGAGUAUACACGUAGAGGUGCGCACCCACCCCUCUAUGCCUGGGCUCCUGACUAGGAGCAUGGAAUGGGGGCUCACAUGGAAAGCUGGGAAAGAGAGGGCUCUUCUGUAGCUGUGACAAAGCCAGACCCUGGUUCUUCCUAGUCCCUGGGUGAAAGAGGCCCUUUGCCCUGCAGGAUUGAGGGACAGGAGAACUUAGAGAAAGAGGGUCCCACCCUAGCAGAUCCUGCUGUGUCCUUGGCAUUAGUCUCUGUAGCUGUACAGUGGCUCCUUGGCACCCCAUCUCUUGGACUGUGAUAAUCCCUUGAGCAGUCCCCAAGCCUGCAGAGACCUUAAGGGAAUGGGAGAUCCCCUACCUGACUGUUCCCAGCCAUCUUCUGGGGCACCAGCUGUUUGGGCCAGCUGCUAUGUCCCAUCAGCCUGCCCCCAGCCCGGUCUUGUACACAGUAGGUGCUCUAACAACAUCUGGCACCAGUUCUGCCCACCUGGGGAGCCCAUCUCAUUCCUCCGACCCUGUUGUGUGGUGGGGGAAACUUAGGUCCAAAGUCAUGUUCAUUCAAAAAAUGUUUGAGUGUCCUAUUGUGUACCAAGCUCUGUGCUGGGUGUUGAGGAUACAAGACAGACCUGGUAUAUGUCAUAUACACACAUGUUAUUAUAAAUUGUACUGAUAUAAAAGAUGUAUAGCACAUAAAGUACAAAUAAAAUAUACAAUAUUCUUUAUCAUAAA